CUUACCACUACAAAAAUAAAUGAUUCUCUUUUGUCCUACAUCUUUUCCAGUGAUGUUUCGUGUGGUCACUUUGGAUAGCCAGUUCAGACCUGUUCAGGAGACAUAUCCCCGAAUCAUCAUUAAGGACCCAGAGCAAAAUCAGAUCUUCCAGUGGUUGGAUGUAUCAUCUAUGCAUGGCAUUAUCCAGCUUUCAUUCCCAUUAAUUGAGGAGCCAGUUCUGGGGUCCUAUCAUAUCAUUGUGGAAAAGAAGUCAGGGGAUAAGGAGCAUGAAUACUUCACAGUGGACGAAUAUGUUCUGCCAAAGUUUGAAGUGACAACCAGCAUGCCCAGGAGGAUCUCUUUCUUUGAUGAAGAAAUCAGGGUGAAUGUUUGUGCCUUGUACACUUAUGGCCAACCAGUGCAGGGGAUUGCCCGAAUCAAUGUGUGUCAGCAACACUUUUAUAAUCCACGAUGUCAGCAAAGCCAGAAACCAACCUGUGAAGCUGUCACUGGAUUGCUGGAAAACAAUGGUUGUCUCAGCAGUGUUGUCUCCACCAAAACUUUUCAGUUGUACCGCAGCUAUACCAGGAUGUAUGCCAGCUUAAACAUAGAAACCAUCAUCACUGAAAAUGGGACAGGUAUCCAGAUGAAAAACUAUGACUAUGUUGCAGUCAGCCAAGAAAAUGACAGAGUGAUGUUUAGGAACAUGGAUCAGUACUACAGGAGGGGAAUUCCUUAUUUUGGUGAGAUCACUGUGACAAAUGCAGAUGGCAAGCCUGUUGCCAGUAGGGUUGUUGUGCUGGAGGUCAAUGGAGAAUACGAGGCCAACUAUACCACUGAUGAGAAUGGCACAGCAGCCUUUUCCAUUGACACAUCCAACUUCUUUAGUCCCAGUGUUAAACUGAGUGCUACACAAGCACCAGAUGGCUGUGCAGACUUCUUUAUGUGGAGAAAUGAUCAUGAGUCCCAAGCCUUAUUCUUUGUCCAUCGUUUCUACUCACGGACCAACAGCUUUGUGAGAAUUGAGCCAGUGAAGGAGAAACUAAGCUGUGGCCAGCAGAGAAUGAUUAAUAUUCACUAUGUCCUGAGUAGAAAGGGUUACAGAAAUGCCACCCACACAAACUUCUACUAUGUGGUGAUGACAAAAGGAAAAAUUGUUCUCAGUGGCCAAAAGCAAGUAAGAAUCACUCAUGCUCCCUGGGGUACUUUUGCCAUUACACUUAUUGUCACUGAGGAGCUCGCCCCCAGCGCCAGAUUGUUACUCUAUACGGUCCAUCCCAAUGGAGAGAUAGUGGCUGACAGUUCUUGGAUACAGAGUGAUAUAUGCUUCAAGAACAAGCUUCAGUUUGAGUUCUCUGAGAAGCAGGCUCUCCCAGGCUCUAAAAUCAACAUCCGCCUUGAAGCUGCUGCCAACUCCUAUUGUGCCUUGCAAGCUGUAGAUCAGAGUGUCUUCCUUCUUCAGCCUGAGCGAGAGUUAUCUGCUGAGAGUGUGUACUACCAGCUUCAUUUGAGUGAUUUGUAUGGCUAUUAUUACAAUGGACUCAACCUGCAAGACGACCAGCCAGAGGAAUGCACCCCAGUCAAAACCACUUUUUUUGAUGGCUUGUACUAUGAACCUGUCAAUGUCAGCCACGAUGGUGAUGUCUACAGGAUUUUCAGGGAGAUGGGCCUGAAGGUUUUCACCAACUCCACACUACGGAAGCCAGUUCUAUGCAAUGAAGACAGGUUGGAUUGGGAAGAUAAUCGUAUCUAUCUGGAAGAUAGUGCCAGUGGUGGCAGUGCCUUUGGCAAAGAAUCUUCAAAGAUUGCUGCUGCUGGUCCUAUUAACACUGUUCGGAAAUACUUCCCUGAGACCUGGAUUUGGGAUCUGGUUCGCACAGAUUCUACUGGAGAGGCUAAUGUCUUUUACACCAUCCCUGAUACCAUCACAGAAUGGAAAGCCGGUGCUUUCUGUUUGCAGGAUGAUGCUGGGUUUGGCAUCUCCUCACCUGUUUCACUGACAGCAUUUCAACCAUUCUUUGUGGAUCUUGCCUUGCCAUACUCUGUCAUUCGAGGGGAAAUAAUUAAUUUAAUAGCCAACAUCUUCAACUACCUUGACAAGUGCAUCCAGAUCAGUGCCAUACUGGCAGAGUCAAGCGACUACAAGGUGGAAGUCCUUUCACCAGAAGUAAACACAGCAAGGGUGUGUGCCAAUGAAAGAAAAACUUAUAUUUGGGCUGCUAGCCUCCUCAGUCUUGGUAAUUUUGUCUUUUGGUCACCCUAAUUCAUCUCAAUUCUAUCUUUCAGCUUUUGUCAUUUCACUCUUUAAUGAAGGAUCAAUAAUCCACAGACAGGCGGUUCUGGACAAUUCCACUAGUUACUAUGUAAAUCAAAUACUGGACUUUCGCUAAAGCUCCCCUAUGCAUGUAUAUAUGCACUGAAUAAGUAGCUAUCUGUUCUGGUGUUUUAUCUCUUCUAAUUUCAAUAGUUUAUUUCUUGUCUAUUUUAGGAAGAAUUGUUCACUUGCCUUGUCAUGCAUGGAAUACUGUCAGGAGUUCAUGACACUAUAAUAAUUCAGUUGACAGUCUUAUAUCAAAUCACUUCUAUUCAGUAAGAAUCAAUGAGUGAAGAGGACAUUGCUCCUCCCCAGUUUAACAGUUGUGUAAAUUAACACAUUUGAGUCAGCAUUGUCUUCAAAAGAAGCAUUUACAACUGCUUGCAUGUGCUAGUGCAUCAAAAGUUGAAGUAUAAAAAAACUUUAUUUAGCAAAAAUUCUUCUGAAAAUGAACAGAUAAGCCCUUUCUUUAAAAUGUUUCUAAAUCAGUGUGACUGAUUUCCUUCAAACUCAGUGGAAAAUUUAUAGUAAGACAAGAAGUGGAUAAGAAGUGAAAUAGUGCUACAAAGCUGAAAAAAAUAAAGCUGCUGUCUCUCCUAGCUAUUUUGUCCCAAGAGGAAAAUUCCUUUGGAUCACCUAUUUGCAAUGACUUCAGGGUAAAAUGAGCAAUGCCUGUCAAGCCGCUCAGUUUAGAGUUGUUCACUUUAGAGUUGUUCUAGAGUGUUGCAGCAGCACUGAGGCUGCUCUUAAGCAUUGCCUUCAGUUAAUAAAAUCUGUCUGAAGGAAAGAGGCAGCAGAGCAUUGCAAGCAUUGCAACACUGACCCUAGGCCAGAGAGAGAUAACAAAAGGUCAAGAAGAGGUAGGAACUGUUAGUGAGUACUGUCAGUUGUUUGGCAUUCAUCACUGUUUCAUUCCUUGUACUAGAUCCUGUCAUAGUUUCAGCUGGGAUGGAAUUGUUUUCUUCAUAGUGUCUGGUAUGAUGCUAUGUUUUGGUUCUAGGAGAAAAACAAUGUUGAUAAUACACCAGUGUUUAUAGUUGCCUGCUAAGCAGUGUUGUAUAGAACCAAGGCCACUCAUAGUGAAAGGCUCAAGGAGCUGGGAGGAAAUAGCUGACUUAAAUUGGCCAAAGGGAUAUUCCAUGCCAUAUGACAUCAUGCAGAAGGAGUACUGAAGGUGAUGGGAAUUCAUCUCUUUCCCCCAUUGCUCAGGGGACUAGCUGGGCAUCCACCAGGUGUUGGUGAGAAACUGCUUGUACACCACUUGUUACAUACAU